AUGUUCGGUCGUCGUCACCACGCCGCUCCUGUAGUCACUACUACCGCUCCCCGCCGUCGCAGAGGUCUCUUCGGCGGCCCUCGUCGCACUCAUCACACCACCGCCGCUCCCAUGACUACUUCUACCCGUCACCGAGGCGGUCUCUUUGGCGGAAAGCGCAGACAUCAUGCCACUACCACCCAUCACCACCACCACACCACCGUCGCCCCUGUCCAUCACCAGCAGAGGCGGCCCUCCAUCGGUGACAAGAUCAGUGGUGCCUUCCUGAAGUUGAAGGGAACUCUCACUGGAAGACCCGGCCAGAAGGCUGCUGGCACGAGGAGGAUGCAUGGCACUGAUGGCCGGGGAAGCAGGAGGAGAUUUUACUAA